GACAAGGUGAAUGACACACUUAGUUAAACAGUUAUGAUGACUGCUGGCUAAAAUAUAGAACACAUAAUUAUAGUGCAUUUCUAGAGAAGAAUACUCAGUUUGGAUAACAUCACAAAAUUGUAAAUACCUGGUAUUAUGACAGAUCCUAAAUCCAGGCGAUCAUUGGGAAGAUGGCGUUUAGCAGCCAUCAUCUUGGCGAUUGUAUCAUUAGUACUAUUUAUUUGUCUUAUAGCAAUUCUUGUGACAACUCACACUAGGAAAAAGAAAAUAACUACCUGUGGUAGUAAAGAAAAAGGACAGUAUGGUCAUAUUGAUCUUAAGGAAUCAGAUAACCCAUCCGUGUUCCAUCAUUUAACUUCAAAAGAAAUAGAGGGUUUGAUGAAGUAUUUAUAUUCUAAAAAAAUACUCAACUUGGUUAAGGCAGCAGACAUGAAAGUCAAUACAAGCUACGUCUUUUUAAGUGAAUUAUUUUUGCCAAGCAAAAGUUCUGUACUGGAUUAUCUAGACAAAAAGGGAACUCAGCCACCACGAGAAGCACGUGUUGUUAUGUUACGAGGAGACAAACAAACACCAGAUAUUGAAGAAAUUAUAGUUGGUCCGUUACCGAAUCCAACCAAACACAGACCGAAUCCUAACAGAAAACAAUCAAUUCCGUUUAUAUACCGUCCUGUUACUGGACCAGAACACGUUGGGUCAAUAGAAAUGGCUACAGUGCAAGUUGACCAAGUACUUGGAACAAUGUUCGAAGAGAUUUACGACGGAAAACUAUUUAAUUGUAAUAGCAAAUGCUUAAUGAUUCGGUACAUAACACCGGUGUCGUCUGUGCAGUCCGGAGAAAAAAGACGUAAAACAUGGUAUUGGCUGUCACAGUUUGCGGAGUACUUCAUUCUACACCCUCUGGAUUUUUCUGUUUUGGUAGACUUGGAUGGACCAAACUAUACAAUCGAACAAGUUUGGUUUAAUGGAAAACUGUAUAAAACGCUGACAGAUGUUUUAGAUUACUAUGAAGCAAAUAAGGGGUCGAUCUUAAAGGUUAAAUUUCCAGAUGUUAACAAAGAUCUCUUCUCGACAAUGAACCAACGUGGUACACCACCAAUUAGUCCUCCUUUAAGAAAUCCAGUACAAGUCUCACCUGAUGGAAAGAGAUAUAAUGUUAAGGAUCGACAUGUUGAAUAUAUGUCUUGGCAAUUUGAUUUCGGUAUGUCACCAAUAAGAGGCCCACAGCUGUUUGAUUUAAGGUUUAAGAACGAAAGGAUUGCGUAUGAAUUGAGUUUACAAGAACUUUCUGUAUUUUAUGCGGGAUACAAACCGAUGCAAGCUUUAGCUAAUUAUUUAGAUGGUGUUGGUUUAAUAGGAAUACAAGCAAAAGGACUUGUCCCUGGGGUUGAUUGUCCACAGGACGCCACGUAUUUUAGUUCUACAUUUCAAGUGGAGUCAGAUGGUCCAUUCUCAUUUGAAAAUGCUUUUUGUCUUUUUGAAUACAACAUGGGUAUGCCUUUACGUAGACAUCAUUCUUAUUCGUUUUCUUAUGGUAGGUUUUACGAAGGGAUGGAAUCAACAGUGUUGAUCUUACGAACAAUUGCAGUUAUUAUUAACUAUGAUUACGUAAUAGAUUUUAUGUUUUAUCCGAACGGAGCUAUGCAGGUCAAGGUUGUUUCUACUGGUUACGUACUUGGCACUUUCUAUACUGACAAUGAAAGUAGAUACAGCUUCAAACUUCACGAGAAUUUUGCAGCUAACAUACACCAGCAUUUGUUUAAUUUCAAAGUAGAUUUAGACAUUCAAGGAACUUCAAACCGAUUUGCAACAGCUAACAUUGAAACUGAAAGUAUACGGAACAAGUUUUCGAAAGAUUCCAAUGCAAGGUUAAUACAACAUAAAUUUUCGACUUCUCUCAAAAGAACAGAAAAAGAUGCUGCAUACAAAUUUGAUUUUGAAACUCCAAAAUAUUUACUCGUAUACAAAGAAGAUGAUAAAUCAAGAAACGAUUAUCGAAAAAGUAAAAGUUAUCGAAUACUCAAUAAUGGAAUGUCUAAACUAAUUCUCCCAGAAGGAAAAGGAAACGAACCAAGUAUAAGUUGGGCCAGAAAUCAAGUUGCUAUAACAAAAUACAAGGAUUCGGAGCCGACGAGUAGUUCUUUGUACUCAAUUCUAGAUUCGGAAGACCCAAUCGUACAUUUUCAGAAUUUUAUUGAUGAUAAUGAACCAAUAGUGGAUGAGGAUUUGGUAGCAUGGGUCACAAUGGGCAUUCACCAUAUUCCACACACUGAAGACUUGCCGGUUACACCUACUCCUGGGAUGGAGUUAAGCUUUUACCUAUUACCAUACAACUAUUUCGAUGAAGAUCCAGCAAUUUCUUCCUUGAAUGCAGUCCGUAUUGAACCAAAAGAUAAUACCAAACUGAAGACAUCUAUUAACAUAAACCGUUAUGGCGUCAAACAAAGUAUGCAGUGUGUACCUGAAAAAAAUAAAUAUGACGAGGAAAUUACGGAAAAUCCGUCAUUAAUAAUUGACACUGAAGGAGGCACAUUCUUGUAAAUUUAUAUGUAAUAGAAAAACAAGAUUCACAAAUCAAACCGUCUGACCAGUAAAAAAAAUACUUUACUGUCAUAUAUUAUGACAAUAUGUGUGUACAUAUACUUGACAAAUACUGCAAUUAUGUAUGAAUUUACUUAACAGCUAAUAUGCAUUUUAUACUAUUUUUUAAUUCGUGACGUAUAUAAAUAUUAUGCUUGAUUCUAUGCCAUAUGAGUGUAUAUUUGUGUGUGUGUGUAUGUUUUUGCAAAAUAUAACAGCUGUCAUUAAAUGUUCAUUACUGCUCUUUUAAAAAGCAAACGCAUCAUUUCAUAUUUUCAUUAAACACAAUUUGUGCAUUGGA